AUGUCUCUUGCCAAGGAUUCUAACGACCUCGCCGCUUCCGCCAGCAACAACUCCUUGUACGAGGCCCAGUACGACCAUGAUCUCGACCACAAGGAGGGCGAGGCUCCCGAUGCCGACGCCCCCCUCACCCUCCGUGCCCUCGUCUCAACCAAGGAGGCCGGUGUCAUCAUUGGCAAGGCUGGCAAGAACGUCGCUGAUCUCCGUGAUCAGACCGGCGUCAAGGCCGGUGUCUCCAAGGUCGUCCAGGGUGUCCACGACCGUGUCCUGACCGUCUCUGGAAGCAUCGAAGGCGUUGCCAAGGCGUGGGUAGGCAAUAGCAACGGCGACAACAACGACAGCAGCGCUCGUACUCGUACUUCGUGGACACUGACUGCCGAGACUGGACUGAUUCUUGGGGCCAUCUUGAUCGUCCAUGCCUUCUCCUUGAUCGCCCAGAACUUGUUGGACAACCCCAUCACCUCCUCGCCCCCAGGAACUCCCGCCAACACCAUCCGCCCCGCUGUCCAGACCUCCUCUGUCCGUCUGUUGAUUUCCCACAACCUCAUGGGAACCAUCAUUGGUCGCCAGGGCUUGAAGAUCAAGCACAUCCAGGACACCUCCUCGGCUCGCAUGGUUGCCUCCAAGGAGAUGCUCCCCCAGUCGACCGAGCGUGUCGUCGAGGUCCAGGGAUCGAUCGAUGCCAUCCGCAUUGCCAUUUACGAGAUUGGCAAGUGCCUCGUUGAUGACUGGGAGCGCGGUGUUGGCACCGUCCUCUACAACCCCUCGGCUCCCCGUGUCCCCGGUGCCGGCCCUGCCUACACCGCCGGUGCCCCUGCCGCUGGUGCCCGUACCAACAGCAACAGCAACAGCAACAACAACUACACCUCGCGCACUGGCAACGGCUCGGACUUCACUCGCCCCCAAGAUGACGCCACCCAGUACCGCCCCCGCCCUGAGCCCGCUUUUGGCCAGAACAACGCCAACCUCCGCACUCAGGAAAUCUCGAUCCCCGCCGACAUGGUUGGAUGCAUCAUCGGAAAGGGCGGCUCCAAGAUCUCGGAGAUCCGUCGCCUCUCUGGCUCGCGCAUCUCGAUUGCCAAGACCCCCCACGAUGACUCUGGCGAGCGCAUGUUCACCAUUGUCGGUACCUUGGAGGCCAACGAGAAGGCUCUUUACUUGCUCUACGGUCAGCUCGAGGCCGAGAAGGACAAGCGCCUGAACCUCUCUGGUGACCACAUUGAGGAGGAUGAGGAGUAA